GGCCGCGCGCUGCUCGGGGCCCGACUGCGGCGCGAGGGCGGCGCGGGAGCGACGCUGGCCCGGACCGAGGAAACUAUGCCCCAGACAUCUGUGGUCUUCUCCAGCAUCCUCGGACCCAGCUGUAGUGGACAGGUGCAACCCGGCAUGGGGGAGCGAGGAGGCGGGGCUGGCAGUGGCUCUGGGGACCUCAUCUUCCAAGAUGGACGCCUCAUUUCUGGGUCCCUGGAAGCCUUGAUGGAGCACCUGGUCCCCACGGUGGACUAUUACCCCGAUAGGACAUACAUCUUCACAUUCCUCCUGAGCUCCCGGGUCUUUAUGCCCCCUCAUGACCUGCUGGCCCGAGUGGGGCAGAUCUGCCUGGAGCAAAGGCAGCAGCUGGAGGCUGGGCCUGAGAAGGCCAAGCUAAAGUCCUUCUCCGCCAAGAUUGUGCAGCUCCUGAAGGAGUGGACAGAGGCCUUCCCCUAUGACUUCCAGGAUGAGAAGGCCAUGGCGGAGCUGAAGGCCAUUGCUCACCGUGUCACCCAGUGCGAUGAGGAGAAUGGCACAGUAAAGAAGGCCAUCACCCAGAUGAUACAGAGCCUGCUGCUAUCCCUGGCCACCCGGAGCCAGCUCCAGGAGCUGCGGGAGAAGCUCCGGCCACCAGCUGUUGAAAAAGGGCCUGUCCUCAAGGCCAAGCCACCGGCCGCUCAGAAAGACAUCCUGGGCGUGUGCUGCGACCCCCUGGUGCUGGCCCAGCAGCUGACCCACAUCGAGCUGGAGAGGGUCAGCAGCAUUCACCCUGAGGACCUGAUGCAGAUCAUCAGCCACAUGGACUCCUUGGACAACCACAGGUGCCGAGGGGACAUGAACAAGACCUACAGCCUGGAGGCCUAUGACAACUGGUUCAACUGCCUGAGCAUGCUGGUGGCUACUGAGGUGUGCCGGGUGGUUAAGAAGAAGCAUCGGACCCGCAUGYUGGAGUUUUUCAUUGAUGUGGCCCGAGAGUGCUUCAACAUUGGAAACUUCAACUCCAUGAUGGCCAUCAUUUCUGGCAUGAACCUUAGUCCAGUGGCUCGGCUGAAGAAAACAUGGUCCAAAGUCAAGACAGCCAAGUUUGACGUCUUGGAGCACCACAUGGAUCCAUCCAGCAACUUCUGUAACUACCGCACUGCCCUGCAGGGGGCCACACAGCGGUCCCAGAUGGCCAAUAGCAGCCGUGAGAAGAUUGUCAUCCCAGUAUUCAACCUCUUCGUUAAGGACAUCUAUUUCCUGCACAAAAUCCACACCAACCAUUUACCCAAUGGGCACAUUAACUUUAAGAAAUUUUGGGAGAUCUCCAGACAGAUCCAUGAGUUUAUGACAUGGACACAAGUAGAGUGUCCCUUUGAGAAGGACAAGAAGAUUCAGAGUUACCUGCUUACAGCGCCCAUCUACAGCGAGGAAGCUCUCUUCAUCGCCUCCUUUGAAAGUGAAGGUCCUGAGAACCAUAUGGAAAAGGACAGCUGGAAGGCCCUCAGGACCACUCUCCUUAAUAGAGCCUGAGGGUCUGGAUGCAGCCUGCACGUAACCGGAUGAAGCACACGCACAAACCAAGUUUGAAUCUUGAUUGAUAUGGGUUGAGAUGAGGAGGCCUCACUGGUUGGGGUCCAUUUUGUAUAUAACUUUUAUGAAAAAGAAAAUGGUAAUUAUUUCAUGCAUCAACCUUUGGCACUUACAAAGUUUUUUUGUUUAUUUUAAAUAACAGGGCAGGGCCCUGCUUUGGGGAGGGGUGGGGAAAGAGUAUCAUGGGAGAUGGCAUCCAUGAUAACAUCUUAUUCUAAUGAAAUGUAGAUUUUUAUUUUAUACUUUUGAUUAUUAACAUCUUAUGAAAAAAAUAUUUUAAAAAACCCAACCAAAACCAACGUGAGCCCUGCCUGCUCGGACGCCUUUCCAGCCAGUGUCUCUGAUGUCGGGGUUAGUGCCUUAGAGGGUACUGGGGGUCCGGUCUUCCUGCUCUGUUGUUUGAGCCUUCAGUGAGCUCUGCCCUGAGCUGUGAGGCGCUCACCCUCAACAGCCUAGGCCAUGAGGUUCCAGGGGGAAGGGCUGGGGCACCUGGGAGGUCUCGUAUAUACUUCUGGAAGUGAACCUUUGAGUGCGGGCUCUCCAAAGUUUACAUUUUCAUUUUCCUUUAUCAGGGAUUUAUGGGGUCGGGGAGGGGCAGGGGGACACCUGGUGGCAUAUUUUCUGGAAGAAUAUGUCUGGCAAAUUCUUCAAUUGUGUUUUAGACAAGAGAAAAUCUAAAGUAAUAAGGGGGAGGGAGCCAUAGCAUUGCAGUUUUCAUGGCUGUAACGGAAAGACACACUGAGCUGUAAUGAAGAGAACACUAAGUAGACUCGGGAUGGUGACAUUUAAAGCUGUUCUCGAAACCCACGCACAAAAGGAAGAGAAAGAAGCAAAGUCAGUGUGCUAGGGGACUUGCCCUCCUCUUCUCUCUGGUGGGAGGCAACCUCACUGGAAUCUAAAAUCAGAAAAUUAGCCAGGCUGUAACUGCUGGAGCCCUUUCAGAUGGAACUGCCCAACACUGAGAGGUAUUUUUCUAAACCCAAACCAGAAGAGAACACUCCAUUUUUCAUGUCUGACUUCCUGGCGUGAACCUUGGGCCUUACUGACCGUGGGACUGCACGGCUCUCUCCUUUAGAAAGCCAGAGGCGGUCCAUCCACACUGACUGUCUCCCUUGCAGGAGCUUCUCAUCCUUGUCCCUCUCCACUUGCCUGGCUUUGGCAGGAGCCACGAGUCAGGAAACCAAGUCAGGGACCCGUUAAGGUCCCAAUUCCAGAGCUCAGAGGGAGAGCCUGGAGACGAAUGGGCCAGGCCUGGUGAAGGAGGCAAAGUGGCUGCUGCCCUCAGCCRGAGUGGAGCUGAAUAGUUACACUGUAUUGUCACAGUGUGUUUGCACUUUUCAGACAUUCUAGCUAGUCCAGAUUGUAUACUGAUAGUACAUAUUGCUUUGUUUAUGUCUUUGAGAUAAAGAAAGGCUGAAACUUGAGAAUAUAUAUUUGGAAUACAAUGUCAGAACAUUUUCUGUAUGUGUGUUAAAGAGCCUUCAUGUCAAUGUGCGCUUCACGGGUCACCAGUUCUACUUGAAACAGUGUCUAUGUUUGCUAUUUUAUUUUCCCAAUUUGAUACAUACCUUCAAUUUGAUGUUUUGGUAUUUGGAGCUGAUCUCUGAGUAUAAAGCUGUACCAUAGCACAGGAUGUCAGUUUUGGUGUGACUGGACGUACUUGCAUCAAUAAAAGAACAUGUUGCUCCCC